AUGUCUUCUGGAAUGGUAAAAUGUGUAAGACAUGCUUUAAAAAUGUGGUCAAAAGAACGUAAAACCAAUCCCAAAGAACAUUGGCUGGAUUAUUCCAAAGCUGAUUUUGGAGAACAAAUGAUGGACGGUCGUAUUGGAUCGUAUACAAUUAUUCCUGAUCAUUUUCUUCUUUUUAAACCCUACACUUGUCCUGGUUUUACUGCCAGUUACUAUGAACUUUAUAGAUCCGUACAUUUUAAGAUUUGGUAUGGACAGGUCUUUGCGAAGGAUGAUAUUUGGAGUUAUGUAAUGUAUGCAUCAGAUAUUUUUCCUCGUGGAAUUGUAAUGAGUCCGUUAAGUAUAUACACAGCAAAGCACAUACCAAUGCAUGGACAUAAAACAUUUAACUUGUCAAGUAAUAGCCCUUGCGCUACGUUCAAAAAUAAAACAGUAUUCAUUGAGGAACAAGCAUCUGUAUCAGUUUUCAUAAACACUGACGAAGUCAAAGGCGAGGUCGAGGUAUCAGCAUUCAUAGAACUCGAUAAAUCUGAAUCGGGUCUUCCACAUCUAACUGUGUUAGGUGCCGAACCGGGCGAUCAGAUAUUAGUUAAGGAUUCAAACGCUGUAAAGAUCAAAGUGCUUACGAGAUCGAUGCAUACAGGCGACAUAUACACCGCAAACAGCCGUCCGAGGGUAGUGGAAGUCACCCCCGACGAAUACUCUCUAGUGCGGAAGGGUGGCAGGAUACUGACCCAAUUCGAUAUGCAUUUAGGCGGUGCAUAUGCUGCGAUACUUUACGGAGACUCGGCCACGUUCUACGAGAUUCGUGAACCCAACUCCGUACACAUAUUAUGGCUACUGCCUCAGGCUAUCAUUUACAGCAUCGGGGAGAUUUACUUCAUGAUCGCCUGGCAGGAUUUCAAGUACACCCAAGCGCCUGCCACACUCAAAUCGGUGGUGUGCGCCACGGCGGAAUUCUGCGAAGGAAUCGGCGACGCUAUAGUGGUCAUAGUCACUUUUUGCGCCACUUUCGAUCAGGACCACGAAUUUUUUUUAUUUUCUGGAUUAUUGAUAAUCGAUAUGAUAUUGCUGGUUAUAAUAGGAAUUCAUUUUAAACCUCAAGAUCCUACUAUCAAAUUGAUUUAA